AUGGCGAAUCUGCCUGAAUCGUGGUUUGUGGACCCCACCGGAGCAGGACUGAGCUCGAACGCAGGGGAAACGAACCCUAGGCCCAUAGACGUGAACUUGUGCACUCCGGAGCAGUUGGUUGUACUGCUUCGUCUGCCUCAUUACCGAGAGCAGGCUCUAUCAGCUAUCAGGAAGGUGCAGCAAAGAGGAGCAUGUCUAGAAUUGCAUCAAACAUUGUGGAAUUCUUUCGAGACAGUUUAUAUACUCUUACAGGAAGUGACGGCUAUAUACACACUCCUAUCACCCUCAAAGCUCACUAUGAAAGAUUGUGGCAGAGUUUGUAAUGCUAUUGCUCUACUGCAGAGAUCCCAAAUAGGUAUAUUCAAGAAGAUAAAAGGAUCAGACCAUCUCAAAUCCAUCGCCUUGCCAAAUGGUUUCCUCGAGAUCAGGUCUCUGGUAGAGAGUGAUCUGAGGAGAGUGGCAAUGGAGGUGGUGGCGGAGGGGAGUUUUGGCAAGCUAGAGAAACUGAGGCAACAUGGUGGGAUGAGAGAGAUUGGUCUAGAGUGUCUGGCCGCUGAUCCAUAUACAAGGAUGGAACUCAUCAGGGCCAAGAUACCAGUUUAUUUGUAUCCUUUACUCAAUACCACCGAGAAGGGGAAGCCUUUCGAGCAUUUGAGGAUCACCGGCUUGACUGUUCUUAGUGCCCUAGUGAAGGUGGCAACCUAUAUAGUUUCAAGGAUUCUGAUGCAAAAGGAAGGCCUAAAGUACUGCUGUGAUUCUGCGGAUAGGGCCUGUCAUGCACUAAACCGUUGCUUGCCAACCAAGUUAAGAGACCGCUCCUUACUUCAAGUUCUUCAUGGCCACCCAGGAGCCAUGUCAAUGCUGGCAGAGUUAUUUUUCAAAGUACAGAGUGUCAAGUGGAAUAAACCACCGGAGGGGGAUUCAAGCUCAUGA